GAUAAAAUCAAGAUUUGACAACUAAAGAAAGCAUAUGAGCGUAUGGACUCCAUCAACUAUAACAUAACAUCAGCGGAUGUCGUGUUCACCGGUCGCUGGCCGCCUUGGGACUUUUCAAACCAAGACGGCCACGAGAACACGGUCAGACGUAUGAAUAAUUAUAAUCAAAACGAGCAACUCAAUACCAGAAUUCUUAUUCUUUCCUCUAUUUUUUUGGUUGUUUUUUUUCAAUCAACCAUAGUUUCUAGUUUCAAGCAUCAUGGAUCAUGACACAGAGAAGAACAUCUCGACCAUGUUUGACCACCGGCGGCUAAAACGCUCGGAAUCAUCCCUCUUCAUUGCUUUUAUUUUCACUGUUAUAGCUUUGAUCGUCUUUACGAUCACUAUGGUGUCUAAUUUAUCGAUUCAGUCAAAAGAUUUCUCGGAGGUGAAGAUAGAAAUCAAGAGAGUUGUUCCAUACUUACCUCUGAGUUCAGAGAAGGAGAACGGGGACAUGUAUCCGAGCAAGCAGCAGGCACAAGCGACGCUUCCUUCCCAUAACCUGAACAUCACAAUAAACGAGCGCUUUCAGGUGAUUGAGAUUUUCAGGAAGAACAACGUGCCAGAGGAAUUCGACAGGCGGGUAAAUAAUUUUAUCAGUGAUGGGUGCGAGGUCCACUUCAUCAUGACAUGGAUAUCACCUGCAGAGUUCUUCGGCAGGAGAGAGCUCUUGGCCGUUGAAAGCGUUUUCAAAUCUCAUCCACGUGGGUGUUUGAUGAUCCUAUCUGCAACCAUGGAUUCUCCCCAGGGUUUCGAGAUCUUGAAACCGGUUCUUGACCAGGGUUACAAAGUUCUUGCGGUCACCCCUGACUUGCCCUUUCUUCUCAAGGACACUGACGGCGAAUCAUGGCUCAAGGAGAUAGAGGCCGGCAAACGUGAUCCUGGGAAGGUCUCCUUAGCUCAGAAUCUGUCAAAUUUACUGAGACUCGCAGCUCUAUACAGAUAUGGAGGUGUUUACCUGGACACAGAUAUGAUCGUCCUGAAAAGCUUUAAAGGGCUUAGGAACGUGAUCGGGGCACAGACCCUCGCUCCUUCAUCGAGAAACUGGACCAGAUUGAACAACGCAGUUCUUAUAUUCGAUAAGAAUCAUCCUCUCCUACUCAAACUCAUAGAAGAAUUCGCACUGACCUUCAACGGAAACAUAUGGGGCCAUAAUGGACCAUACUUGGUAUCCCGAGUGGCUCGAGCAGUAGAAGGAACAACGGGAUAUAACUUCACCGUCCUGCCGCCUCCAGCAUUCUAUCCGGUUAACUGGAUUGAGAUAGAGAAGUUCUUCAAGGUGCCAAAGACUGAGAAGGACUCCAAGUGGGUGGAGUCCAAGCUUCUUCAGAUGCAAAAGAAAAGCUAUGGCCUGCAUUUAUGGAACAAGUUUAGCAAGAAACUGGAGAUGGAAGAAGGUAGCGCCAUUAGAGGAUUGGUUUCAGACCACUGUAUCAUUUGUAAGGAUGUGAACAGGUGAAGAAAGAAGAGAGUCUGUCUACCCAACAGGGGCUUUCUUUUUCCACCUUCUUCUGUGUAUCAUAGAAUUGUUCGUCUGUUCGUUAAUUCCAGUGUAGAUAACGCGUCAAUAGGAACGAGAACCUCGUUCUGUCCGCGCUCCUGACAUGUAAAAAUCACAGAAUUCAGAAGUUUUUACGACUACA